AAAAGAGUGGAAUUAGCAAGGAAUAAACUUCACACAUAGAAAGUAAAUACACUAAAUUGUAUAGAAAUGCAAAAAAAUUGGAUACUUCAAUCAAAUUUUAGAAAGUUAUUGAGUAAAAUAAGCGAAAGCAGACGGCAUUCAGCAAGGGUCGCUAUGUAUCAAUAAGUACCUUGAACCAAUGUCAAUAUAACAUUAGGCUAUUAUAUCACCAAAACAUCUCAUAGCGUAAGGAUGUGGGGAUGUUAAGAUACAAACGUGCACCUAGAUGGAUUAUUUCUUGUACAAUCAAAUUAUUUUCUCACAAACAAAAUCGUAAUUGAGAUGACUUUAACUUGGAAGCAUAAGGCUAGGUUUUGGAAUUGUUUGUUUUAGACCAAACUAAAGUUAAUAUAAUAUUGAAAAUAGAUUAAUGAAUAAUACUUCAACAACUACGAUUCAAUUUUAAGUACAAAAGAUUCAGGAUUUUACAAAAAGGCACAACAAACGAAUAAUAAGAUGGGGGUUAAAAAGCUGAGGAAACUACGAAAUAGAAAUGAGAUCUUAGGGGACUCUAUAAUGGAUGGGAACAGCAGCUCGUACAGUUCAUUCAGCGAUAUCUCCCCGCCAUGCAUAAAGCAUCAAAGUCGUAUCAAUAGCACCGUUUAUCUUGAUACAGACACAUCCCCAAGUGUUAACAAUACCAAUCUCUCUGACUCAGUAUUUAUUGAUGAAAAACCAGUCCAACAGCUCUAUAUUGAUACUAAGCUUGAAAUGAUUAAGAUCUUCAAGGACCAUAUGGCGCUCAAGGCAGAGUUAGAAGAUGCUAAGACUAAGGCAGAGCAACUUAUAGACUCUCGGGAUCUAUCAACAGCACUCUCGGAGAUUCCCACUAUGGCCUCACAAUGGGAACUAUCCAGUGACCAGAAAUAUGG